UGCUGGCUCCGCGGCGCUCUGAGGUGUGUGGGGCGUCGAGACCCCCGUCCCGGUGAGGCGCGGCGCGGCGGGAUGCGGCGGCGGCCGUGGCGGGGACGCGGGCCGGGCGGGCGGACGCGGUGAUGAGCGUCGGCGGCCACCGCCAUGUCCAAGGUAACGGCGCCCGGGCCCGGGCCGCCGGCGGCGGCAGCGGGCGGGAAGGAGAAGCGCUCCUUCAGCAAGCGGCUGUUCCGGAGCGGCCGCGCGGGCGGCGGCGGCGGCGGCGCUGGGGGCCCCGGGCCGGCCGCGCCCUCCUCGCCCUCGUCGGCGCGCUCGGUGGGUAGCUUCAUGAGCCGCGUCCUCAAGACGCUGUCCACGCUCUCGCACCUUAGCUCCGAGGGCGCCGCCCCGGAUCGCGGCGGCCUCCGCAGCUGCUUCCCGCCCGGGCCCACGGCCGCGCCCACGCCGCCGCCGUGCCCGCCGCCGCCCGCCUCGCCCGCGCCGCCCGCCUGCGCCGCGGAGCCGGUGCCCGGGGUGGCGGGGCUCCGGAACCACGGCAACACGUGCUUCAUGAACGCCACGCUUCAGUGCCUCAGCAACACCGAGCUCUUCGCCGAGUACCUGGCGCUCGGCCAGUACCGGGCGGGGCGGCCCGAGCCCUCGCCUGACCCCGAGCAGCCCGCGGGGCGCGGCGCGCAGGGCCACGGUGAGGUCACCGAGCAGCUGGCGCACCUGGUGCGGGCCCUCUGGACCCUGGAGUACACCCCGCAGCACAGCCGCGACUUCAAGAGUAUUGUGUCAAAGAAUGCACUGCAGUAUCGGGGAAAUUCCCAGCAUGACGCCCAGGAGUUUCUGCUGUGGCUUUUGGACCGAGUUCAUGAAGACCUCAAUCAUGCUGUGAAGCAGAGUGGCCAGCCUCCUCUGAAGCCACCAUCAGAGACUGAUACAAUGCCCGAGGGACCAUCUUUUCCUGUCUGUAGCACUUUCGUACAAGAACUUUUUCAAGCCCAGUACAGAUCUUCUUUGACAUGUCCUCAUUGCCAGAAGCAGAGCAACACUUUUGAUCCUUUCCUCUGCAUUUCUUUGCCAAUUCCACUACCCCACACAAGGCCUCUGUAUGUCACUGUAGUGUAUCAAGGGAAAUGUUCUCACUGCAUGCGGAUUGGUGUGGCCGUGCCUCUGUCUGGGACUGUCGCCAGACUUCGGGAAGCAGUGUCUAUGGAAACAAAGAUCCCCACUGAUCAGAUUGUGUUAACAGAAAUGUACUAUGAUGGGUUCCAUCGUUCCUUUUGUGACACAGACGACCUGGAAACAGUCCAUGAAAGCGACUGCAUUUUUGCCUUUGAGACUCCAGAAAUAUUUAGGCCUGAAGGAAUUCUCAGUCAAAGAGGAAUCCACUUAAACAACAACCUAAACCACUUGAAAUUUGGCUUGGAUCAUUAUAGACUGUCUUCUUCUACACAAGCAGCAGCAAAGCAGGGGAGAGCAGACUUAACCCCCGCGAGAGCAGGAAGCGACAAGAUUGUUCUAUUAGUGUGUAACCGAGCCUGCACUGGGCAGCAAGGGAAAAGAUUUGGACUACCUUUUGUGCUGCACUUAGAGAAGACAAUAGCAUGGGACCUUCUGCAGAGGGAAAUCUUGGAGAAGAUGAAGUAUUUCUUGAGGCCCACAGUUGGCAUUCAGGUGUGUCCAUUCAGUUUGCGAGUGGUCAGUGUUGUGGGGAUAACAUACUUGCUGCCCCAGGAGGAGCAGCCCCUGUGCCACCCAACAGUAGAAAGGGCACUAAAAUCUUGUGGACCAGGUGGCACUGCUCACGUGAAAUUAGUGGUAGAAUGGGACAAGGAGACAAAAGAUUUCUUGUUUGUAAAUACCGAAGAUGAGUAUAUCCCUGAUGCAGAAAGUGUCCGGCUGCAAAGGGAGCGUCACCAUCAGCCUCAAACUUGCACUUUAUCCCAGUGUUUCCAACUCUACACCAAAGAGGAGCGGCUUGCCCCAGAUGACGCCUGGCGUUGCCCGCACUGUAAGCAGCUGCAGCAGGGGAGCAUUACGUUAAGCCUCUGGACUCUGCCUGAUGUGCUUAUUAUACACCUAAAGAGAUUUCGACAGGAAGGAGACAAGCGUAUGAAACUUCAGAACAUGGUGAAGUUCCCUCUGACUGGCCUGGACAUGACACCUCACGUAGUUAAGAGAAGCCAGAGCAGCUGGAGUUUGCCAUCCCAUUGGUCUCCAUGGAGACGGCCCUACGGACUCGGGCGGGACCCUGAGGACUACAUCUAUGACCUGUAUGCUGUGUGCAAUCAUCACGGCACCAUGCAAGGGGGGCACUACACAGCAUACUGCAAGAACUCCGUGGACGGCCUCUGGUACUGCUUCGAUGACAGUGACGUGCAGCAGCUGUCGGAAGACGAGGUCUGCACGCAGACAGCGUACAUCCUCUUCUACCAGAGGCGGACAGCUAUACCGUCAUGGUCGGCCAACAGCUCGGUGGCAGGCUCCACAAGUUCCUCCUUGUGUGAACACUGGGUGAGCCGUCUCCCGGGGAGCAAGCAGGCCAGCGUGACCUCUGCAGCUUCCUCCAGACGCACCUCCCUAGCCUCGCUGUCUGAGUCUGUGGAGAUGACUGGGGAAAGGAGUGAAGAUGAUGGAGGUUUCUCAACUCGACCGUUCGUGAGAAGUGUCCAGCGCCAGAGCUUGUCAUCCAGAUCUUCUGUCACCAGCCCCUUGGCCGCCAAUGAAAAUUGCAUCAGACCUUCCUGGUCCCUGUCUGCUAAGCUGCAGAUGCGCUCCAGUUCCCCUUCCCGCUUCUCAGGGGACUCUCCGAUUCACACCUCCGCCUCCACCUUGGAGAAGAUCGGGGAAGCAGUGGAUGACAAGGUUUCCAUCUCUUGCUUUGGUAGCUUGAGGAACCUGUCCAGCAGUUACCAGGACUCAAGCGAUAGUCACAGUCGACGGGAGCACAAGGCUGUGGGUCGGGCCCCUCUGGCUGUCAUGGAAGGUGUGUUCAAAGAUGAGUCAGACACCCGCAAGUUGAACUCCAGUGUUGUAGACACACAGGGCAAAAGCUCAGCACAAGGGGAUCCCUUGCCCCCCAUAUCGGGUCCAUUUGAUAACAAUAACCAGAUUGCUUAUGUGGAUCAGAGCGAUUCUGUAGACAGCUCUCCAGUCAAAGAGGUGAAACCUCCAAGCCACCCAGACUCCCUCGCAAAGAAAUCGGAGAGCACAGCCAGGGGAUCCCCCAGCUCCAGAGGUGCUCCUGAGCCAAACAGAAGCUUGCGGAAGGGGAGACCAGUCUUGGCCAGCCAGGAAUCAUCUCUUUCCAGUACAUCUCCUUCUUCUCCUGUUCCUGUAAAAGUUUCUGUAAAGCCCUCCCGCUCCCGAAGCAAAGCCGAUUCUUCUUCCAGGGCCAGUGGACGGCAUUCCUCCCCUGCACCCCAAAAGGAGUCCUCCCCCAAAUCCCAGGACUCCGUAUCAUCUCCUUCGCUCCAGAAGCAGAAGUCAGCUUCUUCCCUCGCUGACAGUGCUUCCUCCACAUCCGCCAAAAAAGCCUCAGGCCCUGCCCCGAGGGGCCCCUUCCCUCCUGGGAAGAGCAGGACUUCAGACAGGAGCUUAAGCAGAGAGGGCUCCAGACAAAGCCUGGUUUCCGACAGAGCCAGCGUCACCUCCAGCCCCAAACCCAGUUCCCCUCGCGUGAGCCAGGCCAGAGCCGGGGACGGCAGUGGGGACGGAAAGCACGUCCGCAGCUCCUCCAUGGCCAGCCUGCGCUCCCCCAGCAUGAACAUGAAGGCCGGUCUGAAGAGGGACAGCAAGUCGGAGGACAAGGGGCUGUCCUUCUUCAAGUCAGCCUUGAGACAGAAGGAAACCCGGCGCUCGACGGAUCUUGGCAAGACAACCUUGCUGUCCAAGAAGGUGGGCGGGAGCUCAGUCAAGUCUGUCUCUAAGAGUGCAGUGGAUGACAAGGCAGAGAAAGGCUCCCAGGCGCCAGGCUCCCAGCAGCCAAAUGUGAAUGCAGUUGGAAAAGAGCAGCUUGCCUCCAAGGACCCUGCUUCUGCUAAGCAUUCCCUGCUGUCCGCUCGCAAAUCCAAGUCAUCCCAGCUAGAUUCUGGAGUGCCCUCGUCUCCUGGUUGCAGGCAGUCUGCUGAGAAAUCCUCAAAAAAGUUACCUUCUAGCAUGCAAACCAAUGCACGGCCUUCUCAAAAACCUCAGUGAUAUCCCUGCAAUCCAAGUGUUUUAUCUGUAAAGAUGUUAAUUUAUUUACAACCCCUUCCCUCCCACCAAAGCCCUCUAUGCUUUUGUUUUGUAUUUUUUGGGUCACGUGCCUGACGUACGUGUGUGUGUGUGUGUGUGUGUGUGUGUGUGUAGAAUUCAAUUGCAAAUUGUUAAAAGCAUCGCCUUAUUCUGCCAUUGAACCAAAUAACAGCCAUAGGCAAAGCAUUGAUACCAAGUUAACUGGAAUAAUUGCAGACGAUACCCUGGACGGUCCCUUUAGCAAUUGUACAUAUUUCUUUCUAGAGAACUCUAAUGACUUUUGUUGGACACUAGGGAUUUGAAACCUGUGAACCAGUUAAGCUGUCAUUAGUGUGCUCUAUAGAAGGAUGAAUUAUUUGACUUGGGUUUCAUCUGAGCGGAAUUUGUCCUCACUGCGUGCGGAUUGUCGUGUGGCACCAGAAGCUCUAAAAACUGUGACACUAACAGUGAAACAAACUGAGGGAAGACUGUCGCUUUCUGCACUUUGGCCCCAUCUACCAGUCUUUGUAAAGGGCAAUAUUUUAACACUAAAGUUUCUCAGGUAUAUACUCAGCUAGUCUAGGAUGGGUGCGCAUAUCAGUGAAAGGAUCGAAGAAGAAGGUGGCCUGUGGGUGGCUAUCAUUUCUCCUACUGCCACAGAUAGAAGUUUAUAGAGGUAGAAAUGAAGUCCUUCACCACCUUCAUAUCUGCAAAGAUGUCUGUACCAUAAGCUGUCUUGACCUUUGGGAUAUGUCCUAAGAGGUGGCAAAUUGGAUAGCUGGAAAGGCAGUCAUUAGUAGUUAAAUUUUUUUUUUCCUUGUAAAUUUGCUAGCUAAGGUCAUUGGGAUUUUGAAAUGUAGUAGAGCAGUUAACACCUUUGAAAGAUUUCCUGGAAAAAAAAAUGGAUUCUAAACUGGAUGCAUAAAUCUGCCAUUUUCCUUCUCUGGUGUUGCUUUUUUCCACGUUAGAAGUUGAAAACUCCAUGCUGCACCAUGUGUGCAUGCCUUUGUUUCCUCAUCUUGUAAUUUGGAGAGGAAAGAAGUUGCCUAAUGCCAGCAGUUCGUGAUGGUAUGUUAGAACGAUGUGUGACAAAGUGUUACAUGCACACUUCUGGUCCUGCCUGUCAGUCUUAGUUGUGACUGUUUUUCAAGAACUCAUUUAUUUCUUCUUUGUGCUGAAGAUUUAAUCUCUUACAAUCUCUUUAAACUCACAAGCAGGAUGGAGCAUGUUCCAUCUGGCAUUGUCAGUGCAAGUUGCGUUUCUUGUUUAGAAAAAAAGGGAACCUCACAGAAAUCCAAAGAUAAGCAAGAUUAUAUAUAUAUAUAAUUUCAGGCUUUUAGGAGGUAUUCUGGAAUUUUUUGCUUUUUUUUCUUUCUUUUUCACUUUUUUUUAAAUGUCAAGAGAGUCAUAGUUCUGAUUCUUUUUUUUUUUUUUUUUGCGGUAUGCGGGCCUCUCACUGUUGUGGCCUUUCCCGUUGCAGAGCACAGGCUCCGGACGCGCAGGCUCGGCGGCCACGGCUCAUGGGCCCAGCUGCUCCGCGGCAUGUGGGAUCUUCCCGGACCGGGGCACGAACCCAUGUCCCCUGCAUCGGCAGGCGGACUCUCAACCACUGCGCCACCAGGGAAGCCCAGUUCUGAUUCUUUUUGAAUAGCAUUUGUCACUUUGCCAUGAAAUAUAGCAUGCUAAGUUUAUAUGCUUUUACAUAUUAACUUUUUUUUUUUUUUUAAGUCAUGGACUCUUCAGGUUCUUCCUGAACUCUUUGUGCACAGAUCCAUUUAUAAUCUCCCUUUUCAGUAUUGCUCUGUGUGAAGUAACUAUAACACAUAUUACAUGCAUAGCUAUGAAUUCUGUACUGCCCUGUUUUUUGUUUUUUCUUUCUUUUCUAUGAAUACCUCUUGGGAAAUGUUUCCAGUAAGUUACUUAACUUUAUUUUGCUGCUAAUUUGAGCAUUAGCAGGUAACUUGCAGGUCUGGAGGCCAUUUAUGUUGAGGGUAGCUGGAAUUUUAGACCCUUGCAAUGUUUAAGACUUACACGUUCAGCCUUGUGAGAGUUACGCUAGUGCUCCAUGAAAUUCACUUACUGUGAGCCUGUUGCCCAUUGCACUCGAUCCUGACUCACCACUUUGCUUGGUGUUCUCGUUUCACCAUACAGACGUCUGUUUUCCCAAAGCAGCCUCUCCCCUGCUGGGCUGUGACUGCCUUCGAUCUUGUUGUUGCGUCCAACGGCACAUUGACAACCUGAUCCGUGUAUAGCCACUUCGAGUUUUCCUGAAUCACUUUUAUUUCCUAAAAAGAUGCACCAAAUGUGGGGUUGUCAAUAUCCGGAAUUGAGUGUUUGUCUGACUCUCUUGUCUUUCUUUAAUAGGUAAAUCUUGUUUGAAAUCUCCUAUCUGAAGUUCUGAAACAGUCUUAGAAUCAUAGGUUGACUACACAGAGUGUUUUAAUAACACUUUUUUGGGGGCUGUAAACAGUUAAGCAUUAAUUAGAAUCUAGUUUAAUUUUCACAGUGGUAAGUAUUUUUACUCUUUGAGUCCUCCAGGAAUGGAUUUUCUGUUAUGUCUAGUGUCUUUAAAAAAAAAAAAAAACACAACAACUCUACGAACUCCAUUAAAUUUCCAUGGGAUCUAGAAAUAAAUUUUCCGUAUCUAUAAACUAUAUGUCUGUGGAGUUUAGUUCUUGUUUCAGAUUUAAAUGGAAAAAAAAUCAAGAAGUAUUAUGGCAUUGUUUAGGCAUCUUUAGGCUUAUUAUAUUUCUGUGCUUGGUAAACAAUGAAAACUUCAUUCUUAAUUAUUAGGUUACGACCUUUAAGCCACAGAAAAGGAUAUUUUGCCCAAAAGUUUGGAGGUGCUCUUUGUGGUAUGAAGUACCCUAUGGGAAAAUUAUUACUUGGUUCAGUUCAGUUCUUCGGUAGAGUUAGUGACUUGGUGUUUUGUUUUUUCUUUUCCCAGUGAUGUUUGGUACGGUGAGCUUGUAUGUGUUUUGGGGUUAAAAAUCACCUGCUGAGGAUGGUAGACCUGGGGUCCUGGUUGACAACCAGGUGGGCCUGAUUAGAGUGGUCAUUUCCUGGUAGGCACAAAAUAAUCACCAACAGUAGCGUUGCAUCUGUAAUGUUUGUUUGCUUUUUAAAAACUUUAUUCUUGAUUUCUUUUCCUAUAAACAUCGAGUGCACUGAGUCUGUAUCAUUCUGUAGGACAGCCCUACACCUUGCCUUUGUAAUCCCUUAUAUAAUGUGAGCACAAAGAAACUGUUAAGCUCAUGUCAUCUCAAGACCGUCUCCCACCUUUUUUGUAUUUUCUUAUCCUAAAAGCAGCCUAACUGAAAGUAAGUAAUGCUCCUCUGGACCAAUAGAAAUGUGGGAGUAUUUGUGGCAUGGUAAAACAUUGUUAUUGUCUGUGAGGCUGCCCUGACCUCUUCUGUAAUCAUUCUUUCAUCAUUCAUUCAUUCAUUUAUUCAUUCUGCAAACAUUCGUUGAGGGCCUGCUUUGCUUGUAAAGGCAAGCUGAGAGCUUCGAGAGUUUGCUGUAGCUGAGGAGCCCUGGGAGCACAGCUGAUGAACCAGGGGAUGCCAGUGAUGUCCUAGAUGGAGCGACAGUCCUCCUGAGCAGAAAGAUCAAGUGGAUCCUGGUGAUCGGCUGAGCCUUGUGGGCCUCGUGAACAAGUCUGUUAUGUUCUGGAAACCAAAAGUGGCCUUCUUCAUCUUUGGAGACAUUUUAUUGUCACAUCCACUUUUUCAGACUGUGCUGUCUCUACUACUUAGGGAUUGGAAAUCCAUUACAGAGUCACUUUACAUUAGACUUUGGUUAUCAGCAUUUGUAUGAGAUGGAUGUGGGGAUUUUGGAGGGUGGGUGGGGAGAGAAACUGUCAUCCCUCUAAAGUACCUGUCAUGAAAAAACAGGAGCAGAACGUGAAGGAAACAGGUGGCAGCCUUUAGGAAAAAAGGAACAGAGAAGAGCUGUGAACAAAGCUCAUUUUUUUCAAAUAAACAUGCUUUAAAAAGUAGAUUGACAUCUGACGUUAAAUUUCAUUCUGACAAAUUACCGAACAGCUGAAGAUACUGUUUCCUGUGUAGGUUAUAAUAAUUAUUGGAUGCAAAGGUAAUUAGUGUUUCUGGGUUGGAUUUUUGAGAUAGUAUGCAAACCAUAAGCACAGUUUCAAUAAAAUGUAUUCUGUGAGGUGCGUUGAACUUUGUAUUAUUUGGAAUUGAGAAGAGCAAAACUUGCUGACAAACCAGUGCCUAUAUCAUAAACAUAAACACAAAAAAUAGCUGUUACUGUACAGGCUGUCUGUCUGCAAUUUCACAAAGGGUAUGUUGUUGCUAAACCUGAUUACACAUUUUGGGGGGGAAUCCCAUGCUUUUAUUUAAAUGAACACUCAGUCUCAUACUGCCUUUUGAUCAACUCCCAAAGUGUUUUUGCAGCUGCAUUUUGAGCAUGACCAGUCAUUUUUCCCCCAAGUAAUGAAAAUAAUUUUGCGUGGCCUCCAUCUAACCCAGAAAGCAUGCUCUUACUACCUAUGCAAGCAACUAAUUAAAAAAUACAGACUACUUACACUCAACGUAAGUUUUAAA